UUUUGGGACAAAUUACUAGGUGGGUUGGGUUCUGCAAAUUAUUCACCUUUUUUCGCUAGUGGUGGUGAUCAAUUAAUAAAUACUUCUGAACAUAUAUUUUGCCAUGAGCAUUACUGUUUUAAUUUUUUCUUGAUGUUGUAGUGAUCUUGUUGAUGAAUUAAUAGUUUACCGAAUGAGUUGAAAGAGAGGGGGUGGGUCUUCGUGGUUGGUAUGGUAGUGGAGUGGAAGGGGUGGUGGCUGGUCGGAGAUGGGGUAGGAGGGGGCUGGUUAGGUAUUUUUUCAAUGCUUUUUAAUUGAUGUUUUGGUAAUUGAGAGAGAGGGGAUGAAAUGAUAGAGAAAGAGGUGGAGAGAGUUUUUUUUUUUUAUUUUUUUUAUUUUUUUCAAUUUUAAAUUUUUUUAUAAAUAUUUAUCAUGUUUUAUAAAUGUAUCUAUUAUUUUUAAAUAAUUUGUUGAUCUCUUUGUUGCCACGUUAUAUACCACGUCAUGAGUUAACAGUGUUUUUGACGGCUGAUUGACGUUGGUAUAAAAGAAUCAGCGCGUCCUUGUUGGGGCGCGUCUUUGUUUGAGUCCAAAUUUGGAAUUUUAAGAAACUCAGAAGCCACGCCCCUGUUUCACACUCCUUUCCUCACAACCUUCCUCCAAACACCCUUACAAAAGCACCCCCCCACCCUAUUUCUCAUCACAAUAACCAUUAACACAAGCAAUUCAUCAAACACCUAACGUGCACUUUUCAUAACCAUGGCAGCAACGUCCCGGAAGCUAGAAAUCACGGUCAUAUCCGCCGAGAACUUGCAAUUAGAUAGAAAACCCAUCAAGAAAAACGCCUCUGCUACCGUCCGCGCCGAAAAUGACAGCCAGUUUCUUACCACGGACACGGACACGGAAGGCGGCGCCUACCCCAAAUGGAACGAGAAGCUUGUGCUCGACUUGCCAAUGCAGGCGAGGUCCUUGACGGUGGAGGUUCAAUGCAAGACUUCUUACGGCCUCAGGACAAUCGGAACGGCGAAGAUUCCGGUGUCAGAUUUCGUGGGUGGGUUUGUGCCUGAGGGCUACCUGCAUUUUUUGAGUUACAGACUGAGAGACCGCAGGGGAGAGAGGAACGGGAUUGUGAAUAUUUCAGUGAGGAUGAAGGUGCCGGAGUUGAAAGCGUGUGCUACGACGUCGUCCCAUUCGAGCGUGGGAUUUCCGGUGGGAGAUAGCAGCUUUGGCGUCGGUGGCGUGGCGACUGGAAUUCCGGUUUGGUGCGGGGCGUAUCCGAGAAAUUAUUGAAGAAAAAGAAGAAGAGAAGAAAAAGAUUGGUUUACUUGUCACAAAUCACAAAUUUUUGUUUGUAAAUAUUGGAGUAAACUUUGUCCAACUACAUACUCAAAAUGUUCAUGAAAUUUUAUGCAACAAUUUUAUUCAUUGUUACAUUACCUGAUUGGAUUAUACUCAUGCUUAACCAAUCUUUAUAUUAUCGGUCGAAUGACAUU